GGCGGCGGGAUGGCGGAGCUCGACAUCAGCCCGGCGGCCGUGCUGGGCUUCCUGCGGGAGCGCGGCGGGCGGGUGCGCAACGCCGAGCUGGUGAGCACCUUCCGGCCGCUGAUGGAGGCCGGCGGGGACGCGGCGGAGAGGGCGGAGCGGCGGGAGCGGUUCAAGGCGGCGGUGAACGCCGUGGCGGUGGUGAAGGAGCGCGACGGAGCCAAGUUCGUCGUCCUGCGGCGGGAGCUGCGCCCCGCCCCGCCGCCGGGGGGAGCGCUGGCGCCGGGGGGCGAUGGCGGCGACCCCGGCCCCGGCGGGCGGCUCUCGCCGGCGCCCCCCGAGGAGCUGCCGUGGCCGCGGGCCGUCUCCGAGCUGCGGGGACUCUUCCAGGGCGGCGACGGUGGGGUGCCCCUGCCUGCCGGCGUAGGGGGGUCCCGGCGGGAGCCGCUCCCCAAGCCCUGCAUGCUGCCGGUGCGCUGCGUGCCGCCUCCCGCCGCUGCCCCGGGGCCGCCUGAGGAGCCGGGGUCCCCCUUGUCACCCCCGCCGCUGGAGGAGGAGGUCGGGUCCCGCUCGCCCGGCCUGCGGCGAGGGCCCAAGAACCAUCGGGCCAGUGAGGAGACGGCGGCGGUGCCCCUGGAGGAGGCCGAGCACCAGUGGCUGGUGAUGGCGGCCGGCGGGCAGUGGACCCAGCAGCUCCAUGGGCUGCUGCUGGGUGACGCCAGCUUGGCGGCCCGGAGGGACUUCAUCUCGGGCUUCACCGCCCUGCACUGGGCCGCCAAGAGCGGCAACUGCGACAUGGUGACGAAUAUCAUCAGAGCGGCCGAGAAGGGGGGGGCCCGCAUCAACGUGGACGCCAGGUCGCACGGCGGCUACACAGCCCUCCACUUGGCCGCCAUACAUGGCCAGGAGAAGAUCAUCACCAUGCUGGUCUACAGCUACCACGCCAAGACCGACCUGAGGGACUACAGUGGGAAGAAGCCGCACCAGUACUUAAAGGAAGGGGCGUCCUCUGCGGUCAGGCGCUUGCUGGGGGACCCCAGCCUUCCCCACAACAUGGAGCCCUCCAUGCCCAUCAAGAAGACCACGAAGCUUGCGGCUUCAAUCUUAAGCUCCACUAGCACUUUCCUGGGGGUCAUAUCCGAUGACAUGGCUUUCUACGAUCUCACCAAAGGUUUAAGGAAGCCCUCGUCCUUAAACAAGCUCCUGGCUGCCACUACGGGCCCGAGGAGGAAGCCAAAGACCAGAGGGGGCUUCCCUUCGUAUUCCUCCCUCUCCGAGGUAACGGAGGAGGAGGAAGAGGAAGUCAUCAUGAAACGCAGACCCGUUUCUGAGCUGUUCUUUGGCCACUAGCCUCUGCUGCCUUGGGAUCGAAAUUGUUUAAUAAUGUGACCGGGGUCUCAAUUUUCUCUCGCGGAAGCAGCUUGGAUUUCUUCUCUCCGUGUCUGUCUUUUUGGAUGUUUAACUAAAUCAGUGAUAGGGUCUGGCUCCACAGGCCACUGGAUGAAACCCAGCUCACAGACACCUGUGGAAAGGGAGCUGCCCAGCGACUGUUAUAAACGCUGUAUGUACCGUCGUGCUGAUGUAUCGGUGGAGACCGCAAACUUCAUACUUAAUGGCUGAAAAACUAAAACAACCUCUGUGUGUGUAGACAGGUUAAAAUGCUUAAGGUACAGCCUUCUUGAUCUGCGUUCCUUGGCUGGAGAGCAAAAGUAAGGUAAAGAAUUGCAUAUUCUACACUGUGAACAGCAAGCUGGUAGCUGGCUACUUUAACAUGGCUUGUUAUAUAGCAGGCUUAAAUUAUUAGAGGAAAGAUGCAUAGUUUUCUAUGAUGUUUCUGAUUAUUUUGGUAACAGAAGAGGAAUAUUUCUAUUUAAAAAAAUUGUGUACUUUUUCAAAACAAAGUUUCUAUCAGAAAUACUAACAUAACAAUCUCAAUUGUUGCCUAAUGCAUUUUAUUAGAUGAACAACUUUAAAAAAAAUGAAAAACUGACCCUCAGCACUCAAGUUACCAUGACCUGUCUACCUCAGUUUGAAAGCUAGGUUAGCAUUUAAAAUUUUUUUUUCUCUUCCUGAAAGACUUUUUGACCGGGUGGGACUAACGACAUGUCUUGAUGAUACUGUGAACAUUUAAACUUCACUGUAGUUCAGUCACUUAAUCUGAAUAAAACCUUCAUUGAUAGUUGAUAGUGAAAAACUGAACUGAAAAACUGGGAAUCGGAUCCUGCAGAGUUUCUGAGUCACCAACUGGAAACAAAGUUAGGCUUGUAUGUCUGAUUCUUUUUAUUUAAAACUCAGCCUUUGAUUUUGACCUAUUUACAAUAAUUAUUUAUAAAAAUUGGGCUUUAUGUUAUAUUGGGUGUUUCAUGAUGGAAUGUCUGCAUGACCUCUUAAAGCAAUGUUUAUCUCAACAGCAUGAAUCAUUGACUUAAAACUAACUCUUCUUCUUCUUUUAUAUUAUAAACAUAAUUGUUCUAUAUAUAGAACUACACGUAGCUCCAAAAAGCAUGCUAACUGCAGGUUAAGUAAUACAUUUGCAGCAAGAUUAUUAUUUUUUUAAUUACUAUUUUGUUAAAGUUAACGUGAAGAGGCAGAGCUAAGAACAGAAACUGUCUGACUCCUGGGGCCAGUCUGCUAAACCAUCACGUUUUCUCUAAAAAUGUAACUAAAAAACCUGUAUAAUUUAGAGGUGACGAAGGUGAUGGCAAUACUGCACUUGCUCUGCUUUUCAGCCCCAUCAGGUGUUUUGGUUUAUGUACUGAAACACUUGUUUGCAUGCUUUGCCUUUCUUUCCAAGUCAGUGACUUCAGGAAUGUUUUUUUUCAGCCUUGAAUUAAGCCUAGUACUUCUAAUUGACUGUAAUUGGCUUCUCCCAAACGCUCGGCAAGGAAUGCUGUAGGACUGUGCUGGAGGUGGAGGCACUGCCCUCUUUUACUUUAAAACGUUCUCCCUGCAGUUGGUGACAUUCGUUGCGAGAGUGAUCGGCGAUUGCAAAGGGGUCUGAUCUACCUGCUCUUGGAAGAGACUGGAUUAUUCUGCACCGGUCCACUUCCGUAUUGAACUAAUUAAGUUGUUAAGCAAACGUUAAUGAUCAAGCACCUCAUGACUUCUAUAUCUGGAGUAGGGUUUAAAAAAAAAUAAAAUCCUAUUUGCUCUGUAGCUGUUGGUGUGACCAUUGACCAGCAUGGUCAUUUGAAACCUUGAUUUGUUCUGCACUGUGUCAGCUUGCAGAGUUCCAGGAAAAAAAAAAGUCUGUUGCUCUGUUUUAAAAAGUCUUUCCAAGUUUACUGACAUUAAACACUUUUUUUCUCUGUUUAGUGAAA